UGAAACAUGACGUCAUGCCAGUUGGUGGACGAAACUCGGCUUGAAAGGUGUUGUCGGAGUUGCCUUUUUCGGCGUUAUGUGCGGAUUUUAGUUGUUAUGUUUGUUUUGUGCGUUUACAGUGCUUCAUAGUUAUGCUGUUAAGGAUAAAUUAUCGAAAUACAGGGAUGUGCCCGCGGUGGUUGCUGGUGGCGGCGUGCCUGCUGGGCCUCGCCCUCGCGGUCGCGGCCCAGACGGGCAAGAGCCAGGCCUCGGAAAGGCUCCUCCAAAAUCCGUGCAGCUCCAAGAUGACGUGCCACGACUGCAUACAGACAUCGACGUGCGCCUGGUGCUCGCAGCGGGACUACGGCGACCGGAAGAGGUGCUUCCAGCCCAGCAACGUGGACGCGAACCGGCAGUGCGAUGAGAAGUUCACCAUCAACCCCCCGAACGAGUACACCGUCGAGAGGAAUGAGGCCCUCUCGAAGGCCAGCAAAGAGAGCGGCUACAUUUCGGGAUCGAGCUAUCAGAGCACGAGUCACCAGGAGUCGGGCAGUGGUUAUGAUGGCGGUUUCAAAGAGGCAGUUCAGGUGGCUCCGCAACAUGUCAACCUCAAGCUGCGGAUAAAUGAAAAAUACCGGUUGUCUCUUCAAUACGCUCAAGCAGAGGACUAUCCAGUUGAUCUUUACUACUUGAUGGAUCUCUCAAAGUCGAUGGAGGAUGACAAAGAAAAGCUGUCAGGUUUGGGCAAUUUGCUUGCACAAACCAUGCGGAACAUCACUUCCAACUUCCGCCUUGGCUUUGGCAGUUUUGUUGACAAGACUGUUAUGCCCUAUGUGAGCACAGUACCCAAAAAGCUUAAAGAGCCCUGUGAUAGCUGUCAGGCUCCUUAUGGAUUCCGCAACCACAUGGCGCUGAAUGAAAACACUCAAAAGUUCUCCGAAGAGGUAGCAAGGGCUGCUGUCUCAGGAAAUCUUGAUGCCCCAGAAGGUGGUUUUGAUGCCAUCAUGCAAGCUGUAGUCUGCCGGGAACAGAUUGGCUGGAGAGAAAAAGCUCGUCGUUUGCUGGUUUUCUCAACCGACGCUGGUUUUCAUUAUGCUGGUGAUGGCAAGCUGGGAGGCAUUGUCAAGCCCAAUGAUGGCUACUGUCACAUGGACGGCCGCGGAAUGUACACACAUUCCACAGUUCAAGAUUAUCCUAGUAUUUCUCAGAUUAAUCUGAAGGUCAAGCAGAAUGCUAUCAAUGUGAUUUUUGCCGUGACUGCUGAGCAAAUUGCUGUUUACGAGCGCCUUCGCGAGCAUGUGGAAGGAGCAUCUGCUGGCACACUAUCGAAUGAUUCAGCCAACGUUGUUGAACUUGUCAGGGACCAAUAUGAUAAAAUUUCUUCUUCUGUUGAAAUGAAAGAUAAUGCUACCAGCGCAGUGAAGGUUACAUACUACUCAUCCUGUUUAGAUCCGGACCCUUUGAAUUUGAAGCAAACAAGUAAAUGCGAUGGUCUUAAAGUUGGGACCCUUGUGAAAUUCCAUGCUGACAUUGAAGUCACAAGAUGCCCAGCUGACCCUGCUGAGUGGAAACAAACGUUCCAAAUUUAUCCAGUUGGUAUCAAUGAAUCGCUUGUGAUUGACCUUGAAAUGAUUUGUGAUUGUGCUUGUGAGAAUCCCGAGAGUACUAGUUACAAAGUGAAUGCAGAGGAGUGUUCCGGAUUUGGCACAUACAAAUGUGGCAUCUGUGAAUGUGACUCGUCACAUUUCGGUCGGACUUGCGAGUGUGACAGUGACAACACACAUUCUGACCGAGACCAAGCUGCCGGCUGUCGGCCCGACAACACCACCUCUGUGGACUGUUCUGGCAGGGGUAGCUGUGUGUGUGGGCUGUGCGAUUGUGAGACCAGAUCCGCCCCUGACGAGAAAAUUUAUGGACAGUUCUGUGAAUGCGACAACUUCUCCUGCGAUCGUCAAGGCGGCGCAUUGUGUUCUGGUGAAGACCAUGGAAAGUGUGAAUGUGGAAAAUGUCAGUGCCUCCCUGGCUGGACUGGUCUUGCUUGCGACUGCAGGGCCACGAAUGAGACUUGCAUCCCUCCGGGCGGUGGCGAGAUCUGCUCUGGAAAGGGUGACUGCGAAUGCGGCACUUGCAAAUGCUUUGAAGGAGAAGAGGGGCGUUACUCUGGACGCUUCUGUGAGAAAUGCCCCACUUGUCCUGGCCGCUGCUUGGAGUUCAAAGAUUGUGUUCAGUGUCUAGUCUACAAGACUGGCAAACUCUCUAAUCCAGAGGAUUGUGCUCGCAAUUGCACCUUUGUACCUCGAGCUAUUGAUGUUGUAGAAGCUGACGAAGAGAAGGAUGAGAACUUGUGUGCCUAUUAUGACGAGGAUGACUGCCGCUUUGCUUAUGUUUAUACCUACGAUGAGACUGGCAAAGUGGAGAUUCGUGCUCAGCAGGAGAGGGAGUGUCCCCCACAAGUGUACAUCCCAGGUAUUGUUUUGGGUGUAAUUGGUGCAAUUGUUCUAAUUGGUCUUGCAAUGCUCCUGCUUUGGAAACUGCUCACUACUAUCCAUGACCGAAGAGAAUUUGCUAAGUUUGAAAAAGAAAGAACUAUGGCUCGAUGGAAUGCGGGGGAGAAUCCUAUUUACAAGCAAGCUACUUCAACAUUCAAAAAUCCUACAUAUGCUGGAAAGUGAGAUUCUUCGUCAGAGUUUCUUGUUGAACUAUUUAUUAUUUUCUUCCUAGGUGCAGGCUAUUGAUUUACUAUGAGUCAAGAUUCCAAAGUUCAGCCUGUUUGUGAAGUUGUGAUUGCAUGUUGUAUUGUGCAUGCAUCAUUGUAUUGUUCAGCCGGUGAAGAGUGUCCUGUUUUGUUAGCGUAAUCAGUGUAAUUGCUCAUCAUUCCAGGGCUUCUUAGAUUUGUGCAUUGUCCAGAAUGGCACAAUGUAAAUCAUCUAGUCCUUGAAAUGAUAAUCAUGUUCCAGGUUAGUAAAAUUAGUUGCUUCUUCCCAAUUCUAACUGAAAUUAUUUCAUAUGAACGUGUAUCUUCAUAGCCAGUCUGUGGGAAGAUUAUUUGUGUGAGAGUAGCCCUGGAGUGUUCAUGAUGAGAAAUACAACACUGCCUCUUCAAAACUGUAAAUGCUCAGAACUAUCUGAUGAUAUGCAUUUUGAACUCUUCUCUUCCUUAAGAAGGUGUGUGGGAGCAAAGUCAUAAACGUCUCUUCUUUCUUUGUUUUUAAGAAAGAUAUGUGUAGCAUUGUUACAAUAACUAAACUAUUUUACUAUGAAGCCCUUUUCUAUGUUUCUGUUAGUGUAGUAAUUUUGUAAUAAUGUGGCUUAAAAUUGUUUUUCAUAAUGUUCUUACAUUUUGUAUUAUAAAUCAUUACCUGGAUGUUUUCACCUCAUUAUAUUCUCUUAUUAAGGAAGAUUUGUAAAUUCUAGAGUCACCCUAUAGACUGGCAGUGCUUUGCACAAGUAUUUCUUUAACUUUUUUAUGUGUAGGAGAACCAAUCUGACUAAUUGUGAUUAAUGCUGUUUUAAUAUGACCAUGUGUGUACUAUAUGAUUUGUUUGGAAUGUGUGUAUAAAUUUAUGAGUGAAUGAUUGAAUGAUUGAAUGAAUGAGUUCUGUGAUUUAAAAAUGAGCAAUGACUUAAUUUUAUUUUAGCUCAUUUAAUUUUUUUGUUAAUUUAGUAUUCAUAGCCUGGCAAGUUAAGGGACCUGCCUGUUCUCAGCAGGUGGGUGGCAGUGUGCCUUCUCUGACAUAAUGAUGAAAAUCUUGAAUUAACUAGUAGAGGAUAGUAAGUUUUUGUAAAGUUGUAACAAACACCUUUGCCAUAAAAAGCUUUGAUUGAAUUUAUAUUUGAUUUGUUACUUUAAGUUUUGUUGAAGUUAUAGUGAAUGGAGCUGUAACCAAAUGACAUUGCUUUUAGGUUCUUGAUUUUCUCCUUAUUCUUGUGUUGUGAACUGUGCCUACAGAGAUCAAUGAGUUUAAACUUUGCAUAUGUGUCAAAUCAUAUUCAAGUGAACAAAUUUUGUUUUUAGAAUAACAAGAUUUUCAGUGAUUGGUUAUAAUUUAUCAAAACUAUGUACAGUAUUAAUAAGAGAAAGUACUUCACUGUGACCUACAUACAAGCUAUUCUUUUUACAGCUGUCCUCUUCAUCUGGCCACCUUUGGGAACAAUUUGUACACGUUUCUCUCUUCCUUUCCUUUUGGUCACAGGGUUUUGCAAAAAUGUUUGCUUUUCUGAAGAUUUAUGUUAGGUAUUCUUUUAGAUAAUGUUCUUUCAAUGGUAGCUGAGGCAACACUGAACAUUGUUUUUUUUUUUUUUUGUAUUGAAUACCACUGCCAAGUUUUGUCAAAAAAUCUUUGUAUAUUGUCACUGUUUACAUGUUGUGAUUUUUUUGUAUAUUAACUGCCAUUGCUCUGCAUAUGCGGCAUAUUUUGUACUCAAAUACCAAAAUAAGUUAGGUCCUGUCCAGUCCAAAAUAAGCCUUAUAAAGGAGAAAAAAAAUGCAACAAAAAGAACAACAGUGUAUUCUUUUGCUAACAUGGAACUUGGUAUGUAUAUUAAUUUAUGUUCCUCAGACUGGAAGGACUGGAAGCUUCUGUGAAGCUUCUUGUACUAUCUGCUGAGACAUUUCUCUCGGUACUAAUAUAUCUAAAUGUUAACAAAAUCGUUAAAUAGUUAUGUUGGAAAUUGAUAAGAAAAAAAGAGAAAGUUGUCAGCCGUGUGUUGGUUUGUCCGUUUCCCUUUGAAUUGUUGACAUUUUCAUAAAUGGUGCUAAAUGUUAUUGGCUUAAGUCCCUCUGAACUUAAUAUUGUAUGUUAUUAAGGGAGUUAUGUUUUUCUCUUCAAUGAACUGUUGAGAGUUCAGAUUUUCUUCAAGCUUAUAUUGAUGUCAUUUGCCAUUGUACAUUGAAACUAAGUCUCAGAAAAUGAUUAUUGAAUCUGCCAUUAACAUCUCUCUUAAUUUACUCCUAACACCAUAAUCAUCAUCUGACUGCAUUGACUACCAUUGUCUCAAUUCAUCAAGGUUUUUUCAUGUCUAUUAAAAAAAGUCAUACCCUUCUUAAUUUAAGAGAGAUUGUAUCACAAAUGUAACGAGGUAACUCCGUCGAUGUGUCAUAUUUUAGCCUUAAAUAAAAUUGAAAGAUUCUGUA